CCCUCUGAAUUCAUAAUCAUUCACAGUUGUUCAAGCAAAAUACACACAGACAAAGAAGAAGAAGAAGAAGAAGAAGAAGAAGAAAAUGGCGGCUCUACGGAGUUCGUUUACGUCGCUAAAUCUGUCGGCAAACUCUUUCCUCGGCCAAAGCUUCGCCCCCUCUAUCCACCUUCCUGCGGUUAAAUCAAAAGAGCAGCCGAUUUCAAUCGUCUCAAAGCUUAAACGAUGGGAGCGAAAAGAGUGCAAACCAAACAGCUUGCCGGUGCUACACAAGAUGCACGUCAAACUCGGUGACACCAUAAAAGUCAUUUCUGGAAAGGACAAGGGCAAAAUCGGCGAAGUCGCCAGAAUUAUUACACACAACAGCAGCAUUGUAAUAAAGGAUAUCAACUUGAAGACGAAGCAUGUGAAGAGCAAGGAAGAGGGAGAACAAGGCCAGAUAAUCAAGAUCGAAGCACCAAUUCACAGUUCAAACGUGAUGCUUUAUUCGAAAGAGAAAGAUGUGGUGAGUAGGGUCGGUCAUAAAACCCUCGAAAACGGUAAACGAGUUCGUUAUCUGAUAAAGACCGGAGAAGUUAUUGAUAGUGCAGAGAAUUGGAAGAAAGCUGUAAAAGAGAAAUCGACAGAAUUAGCUCUCAACGCUUAGGAGACGAGUUUCUGUAAUUUUUACAUCAUUUAAUUGAACUCAUGCAGGUUUUCAUUUACGUCAGUUUAAUUCCUUUUUGCAAUUUAUGUAUCGAAGUUGCUCUGGGCACUCUGUUGAGUUCUUAGUUUGAACUUUUUUAGAAAGAAAAAAAAAGUUGGCCAAAUUAAAAUUUUAAAGCAUACUGGAUAUGAUUGUGAAGAUGUGUGUUAUUAAUCUGUUGUUUUUUCUCUGGU